CCACGCGUGCACAGAGCGCGCCUGAGCCUCCGGCCGCCAGGGGGCGCGCGCGGCGCUCCUGCCUCUUUAGCCAGAGCCACAGGCGGGUCCUAGAUAUCCCAGCGUUCCUUGCGGCGCCGUCUUUCCUGUCGCGGCGGCCAUCGGACAGCUGCAGCUAUGGCUCUGCGCUACCCCAUGGCUGUGGGCCUCAACAAGGGCCACAAAGUGACGAAGAACGUGAGCAAGCCGAGGCACAGCCGGCGGCGCGGGCGCCUCACCAAGCACACCAAGUUUGUGCGGGACAUGAUCAGGGAGGUGUGUGGCUUUGCGCCCUAUGAGCGGCGUGCCAUGGAACUGCUCAAGGUGUCUAAGGACAAGCGGGCACUGAAGUUCAUCAAGAAGAGGGUGGGGACACACAUCCGUGCCAAAAGGAAGCGGGAGGAGCUGAGCAACGUGCUGGCGGCCCUGAGGAAAGCUGCAGCCAAAAAGGACUAAGCCUAGAGCCCACUUCCUGUCCCCUCAAUAAAUCUUUCAGAAAACCCUA